AAGAGACAAAGUUCCGAGCCCCGCCCCCCGCCGCGCUGCCCCACCGUCUGGCCCAGCGGACCCACGAACCGACAGAUCCACGCACGGACGAAUCUGCCCGCUCUUGAGAGCGCCAUGUCUGGUUCCUCCAGCGUCGCCGCUAUGAAGAAAGUGGUUCAACAGCUCCGGCUGGAAGCCGGGCUCAACCGCGUGAAGGUUUCCCAGGCAGCUGCAGAUUUGAAACAAUUCUGUCUGCAGAAUGCCCAACACGACCCCCUGCUAACUGGUGUAUCUUCAAGUACGAAUCCCUUCAGACCCCAAAAAGUCUGUUCCUUUUUGUAGUAAAAUGAAUCUUUGGAUGGUUUUCUAAACCACUUUUCAUGAACCAGUGAAUAUUCAAAGGAGAACUAAAUUUGAAGCCUGUACAAAGCUUAUUAUCCCUAUAACACGUGCCAUACUAUAUAAACUUCUACUUUUGUCAGUCUUUAACAUCUACCUCUCUGAAUUUUCAUAAAUUUCUAUUUCACAAGGGUAAUUAUUUUAUAUACACUGGCAGCAGCAUACAAUAAAAUACUUAGUAUAAAAGUUUUUUGGUUAAUUACUGGUAUUAAAUAGACUAUGUAUUAAUUUAUUUUGAAUACCUAAGAUAUGUGAGUUUCCCAUUGUCUUUAAAAAGGGGUUAAGUUUUAGUGUUUUCUCCUACCAACUCAUCUCACAUAAUUUUAUGCCAUACAUUUAUUUGAAAGACUAUAGGGAAUUAAAGGUAAGUUGCAGACUUCUGUAUUCUUUCAAGGUCAGGAGGAAGCUACUAGUACUAGUUCCUACUCAUGAGUUAUUUGCAGGAUUAACUUUGUUUUAAUAAUAAAUAUUUCUAAUAAACUCUUGUGUAGGGUUAUUACCAUUCCACCUAAGAGUUAAUUACUUCUUAAAAGAUUGCAUUCCUAAUAAGGACAGUAAAGACUGGACAUAGGAAUUCCAUUAGAAAAUGCUAAGAAAAAUUUCAGACUUUUAAACAUUUCUUGAGUGGAAUACUAUAGUACAAUGUAAUGAGGUACAAAGUAUCAAGAAAAAAGGAACCAAAGUUUAGCUUCAGUAAUUUGCAACUGUUAAGUCCUUGGUAAACCAUUUUGCUUUAAAAUUUUUACCAUUCUGAAAGGCUUAAGGAAAUACUAAAACAUCCCAGAAACCUGGCCUCCCAAUAUGUAUUCAUGCAGGAAACAGAAUUAAAGUUAUGUGCCAGAUCCAAGAUUAGGCUGGUAGAAAACCAAUGGGCUAGUAAGUACCAAGGACUGUAUUUUCUCUCCAGGCCACGUGUUCCAUGAAAGUACACAUGGAAAAGUUAGUUUGAAUCUUGAUUCCAACUUACAAGUACCUAGAAAUAAGAGAACUUUUAGGAAACUUAAACUGCAACUUCUAAAUUCACCAAAAUGACUUUUAUUUGUAUUUGCUACAUAGACGGUGAAUGGUAAUUCAUGGCACUUGAUACUUUGUCCAGACAUGAAAAGGUUUAUGAAACCAGUAAAUGACAUUUUGAAAAGGGUCUUCUGUCAUAAAUCCAAGAUUGGCCUGUUUAGCACAAUUCAAUACUAUUCCUUCAGUAUUUUAUAAAUGGAAUUUUCUUCUACUUGUAUCCAUUUCCCGGGGCUGAAAAUUAGGAAAAAAAAGUAAACAAUUUACAGGUAACAAUACUUAAAAAAAAAAAACCCUUUUGGGUCCAUUUCAGAGACUGAAUAGUCUAGGUCUAAUAAAGGUAUUAGAAGUUACUGUUCUAAUAUGUAGGUGUAUAAUAUACAUGUAAAAUUCUGAAGUAAAAAUACCUAAGUGAACUAUUGCUUACUAGAAAAGAGACGGGUUUUAAGAUAUUAAAGUUUUCAUUUCUGAUUUAAAAUCUACAAACUUUACAAAAUGUCUAUAGCAAAAGUUUUCAAACAUACAACAGAAUCGUAACACUGGCUUAUAAAGGGAGUGCUGGGCCCCACUCCCUAAGAUGCUGAUUUGGUAGGUCUGUGGGCCAACAAUUUGCCUUCCUAACAGGUUCCUAGGUGAUGCUGCUGGUCCACUUUGAGGACCACUGAUCUUUAGGAUAAUUCAAAUGAACCAGGGUUCAUCACCAGCACAAAAUACCCUGUUAGAGAUUGGUUUUUUCAAGCUUAUGGAGGUCAGGAGCAUAGCUUGAGAUAUAAGCACUCAAAAGCAUAAAGUACAUGGUUUCCUCCUCAUUCCAUUCUUUUAAAAUGAUCUAAAUGGCUUUUGAAAUAAGGCACAUACCUUAUGGACCCAUUCAUACUCUCCAUAUUUAGAAUCAAAGGUUCCUUUCUGAAGAGAUCUUAAUUUUAAGGUAAAACGUGGUCCAAGUUCCUGAAUUCCCACUUUCUUUUCACUCUUGAAUAUGUACCUUCAAAGAUAAAUGAAAGAAUUAAGGGAAAACAGUCUGAAUAAAUCAAAUGUAAUUUCUUUAACGUGAUAGAGUUCAAAAGAUAAUUUAUUUCUCAUCUAGAAUACUUGUCACAAUACAUUAGAAAACAUGUUUACAUUGAAAAUAUAUUUCAUGAUUUAAGUCAAAGUCUAAGGAGUUAAAGUACCUUCCUCACCUAUGAAAUCUGAAGAAGAUAUAGUCCCGUUGAUUGUGGAAUGUGGCAACUUGCCUCCCAAUAAACUGAGGAUUAUGGGGAAAGAGAGAUGCAAACAUACGCCCAACAGAAUGACCCAGUCUCGUUGUAAAGUUAUUCAAAAUUAUUUCAGGUAUGUGUUCUGUAGGGUCCUUGCCUCUUCUCUGGAAAAAUGAUGAAAAAUAUCACAAUAAGGAAUUAAUCUAUAUCCUGAUACUGUAAGUUCAAGUUUCAGAAUUUAUGUGGCAAACUGAAAAAUUUUAAAGGUAUCUUUCUUAAUGACAAACUACCACAGAUGACUUAUCAAUCCUAUGAAAUAUAUCUAAAAUUAUUUUAACAUACAGUGACUGUACCAAAAAGUCCUACUAGAAAAGUAACCGGUUUCAUAGUAAUGAAGGCUACUGCCUGUCUGCCAUAACUCAAUUACAAUCUCAUACGAAAACUGCCAGUAGAUAAAACUCGCUUUAAGCAGAAGGACAAAUGCCAUUAUAAAAGCAAUUCGAUCUGUAAGUUACAGAGUUAACUAAGCAUAUACUGCAAGGAGACCAAUGCCAAUCAAGGAAUGAAUAAAACUUACCUUAAUUUCUUUACGCAAACGAACACUGCUCAUUUUAAAAUGAGCAGUUGGGCCAUUUGGCAAGUGACUUAGAAUUAAUCCAUCUGUUCAUAAAGCUAAGAACACAUUGAACGCUGUAAUUUAAAUCUUAAAUUGUAUAAAUAACUGGUCUGUAUGUCCAAAGGCUCAUAAAAUUUGUAGCUAGGUGAAUAGGUAGGUACAUGUAUGCCUCUGGGUUAACAGUUUCUUACCAUACUCAAAACUAAAGCCCCAUAAGUCAACCCAAUAUUUCAAAAAAAGAUUAACCUAUAGUACUCCCACUUUUUCAUCACCCUCAAGAGGGUACGUUGGGUAUUCAACAAAACUAGGCAAAAAGAGCUUAUGUCCACUACCCUAACAGUAAUAAGAUGGGAUUCUAGCGUAAUUUUAGCAUUGCAAACAAAAAGUUUACCUCCAUGUUCAGAGAGGCCUUAUAACCCUAAAAAUGCACUUUCAUACAUAAAACACAUUUGUAUGUAUAUUUUUUAUACAUUUGUAGGGUUAGUAUA